UUCUUCCACCCUCAUCCCCAUUCCCCAACGCUUCCAAUUCCAAGAGCACGCGAUUUCCCCUUCCAAAUCCCGCAACAAGUAAAACCCUAGUCGCCUCUCCUCCCCGUCCCGAUGGCCCGCACGAAGCAGACGGCGAGGAAGUCGACCGGCGGCAAGGCCCCGCGGAAGCAGCUGGCGACCAAGGCGGCGCGCAAGUCGGCCCCGGCCACCGGCGGCGUGAAGAAGCCCCACCGCUUCCGCCCGGGCACCGUCGCGCUCCGUGAGAUCCGCAAGUACCAGAAGAGCACGGAGCUGCUCAUCCGCAAGCUCCCCUUCCAGCGCCUCGUCAGGGAGAUCGCGCAGGACUUCAAGACCGACCUCCGCUUCCAGUCCUCCGCCGUCUCCGCGCUGCAGGAGGCCGCCGAGGCCUACCUCGUCGGGCUCUUCGAGGACACCAACCUCUGCGCCAUCCACGCAAAGCGCGUCACCAUCAUGCCCAAGGACAUCCAGCUCGCGCGCCGCAUCCGUGGGGAGAGGGCCUAGGUUCCUGGCCUGGAGUGACAUUUGACGUUUUAUAUGGGUUUACUUAUGUCUGUUUGUUUGGUAGAUUCGGUGUUUAAGGUUCGUGCUUGCGAUGAUGAUACCUGAGGUUCUAUGGUGUGAUGUACUACUGUUAUUGCCUUGUUAUCAUCAGUAAUGCAAUGGGAAACUCUCUCAAUGCCUGUUUUUGCGCGUU